UCUUCGCUACGACCGGGACAAUAUCACACGAAAUGGUCGUUAGCUCGAUACUUCACAGAACCGCCAAUUGCAUUUAGUAGCGAAUCCCCUUGUCCUGUUCCUAACCGAGCUCAACCACCAUGUUGUCCCUCCUCCCGGACCUAACACCACGCGACUCGCACUCGCUAUGGUACACCUCCUCCCGUAACCCCCUCUCGAGCUUCACGUACGAUGCGAACCCCCAACAGCAACAACAGCAGCAGCAGCAGCAGUUACAGCAGCAGGACAGCUCUGCUGGGAACCCCCACGGGGUUAAUAACCACCGCCGCGGGGCCCAUCUGAUUGAGCGGUCGCCGCUCGCACGCCUACGCGCUGACGAGCAGAACCUCGAGCGCCGCCGCCUAAACGUCGCUAACUUCGGCAGCGCAUGGCUCAAGCCCCCUGGCAUCCCCAAGACCUUGCACCAGCUGCGCGAAGAGCGCCGCGAAGCUGAGGAGCACCAGGAGGCGCUUCGUCGCGAGCAGCUUGCCCAAGAACUCGCCGAGGCCGAAGCCGCGGGCGUUAACGCCGUCGAUGCCGGUCUCGACGCGCAGGGCGACGAUGGGGUUAUGGACGACGUGCAAUUAGACGGGGCUAGGGAUUUGGACGAAGACAUCCCUGAGGCGGAUGCCGACUUUGGUAUCGGAUCUGAUGAUGAGGAUGAGGAUGAAGAAGAUGAAGAUGAUAGCGAUGACGAAGACGACUCUGAAGAUGAUGACGAAGAUGACGAUGAUAACGAUGAUCCAGAGCAAAGGGCAGCACAUGCGCAACAGCAGCUCAUGGCACAAAGGAUGAGGCAAGCCGACGACGCGUUUCGCGAAUCGGGGGUUCGCGGGCGAGAUAGCAACUACUACGGCGUUGACGACGAAGUAGACGACGAAGACCAGGCCCAGAUGAUCGAGGAAGACGACCUAAUCGGUCACGGAGACGGUGCGGACAUGGAUAUGGACGCCGAUCUCGAUGACGAUAUCCCCGAAGCAGAGGACGGAGGCUAUGAGCACACGGACUCUGAGGCGGAUAUGAGUAGCGAAGAAGAAGAAGACCAACCCGAAUUGAGCUUCGCCGCGCAGGCAUCCCAGCAGGCAUCCCAGCAGGCGUCACAACAGCAUAGGUAUAGGCAUAGUCUAGCACGAAGUGACGCGACGCGGCAUAGCCUCGCUAUCAGCGACAUCCUAUCCCACGACGGCGACAGCAUCGGAAGCAGCCCGCAAUUCCAACGGCGCGCCAGCGGUCCCGCACGUCGAGCUCGAGGUUGAAGUUAAUAGGGAGUCAUUGGACCUUGCUUAUAUUCAUCACAUCACAUCACAUCGCAUCACUUUGCAUUGCAUCUGCAUUACCUUAAGAUACCCAUCCCCUUUUAUUAUUCUUCGUUCUUCCGCGCCGUCCCCUAUGGAGAAUCCGUAGCCAGCCAGCCAGCCAGUCUUUAGUAUUUUCUAAUGCAAAAAGAAAAAAGACGAUGAAGACAUGAAUUAUGAUACAUUUGAUUACAAGGCUCGUAAAACGACUCGGCCGGCCCGCGUCUUCCCAUAUGUACUCGUGA